UGGUUCUUGAGAAUUUGUUUAGUUUUUAACGAUAACAAAAUUUCUCGCGACGGAUAUUCGUCAGUAUCGUCAGUCUGUUUUAUCUUUGUGCAGCCUUGUUUGUCUGAAAGUGUACAAAUUUUUUUCUGAGUUUAGUGGACGAAAUAACCUUCAUUUUAUCUAUUAUUGCAGUCUUUUUUGCUUAUCAUGCACGCUCGGUUUCACAGUUGCAUUCUCGCGAAAUGUCAAAAUGUUUGACUAAAAAACAAAAAAAGUUCGCUUUGCAGAAAUUUCAGGAUAUAAACACCAUUAUUUAUCAAUUAUUCCACAUAACCAGUCCAAUUCGGUAUUUACGAAAGCAAAAGAAAAAUCAUUAAGUGCAUGCAACUGUACUUUCAUCGAUUAUCUUUUAUUAUCUUCAAACCGGUUCGAACUAGCAACACGGGUGUGUAAUUCCUUUUUUAUCGCUAUAAAUUGCGCAACGUAUUCUACGGGCGUAGUAACAGCUAUCAGUCAGAAAGUUAUAAUACACAGUAGAGGUGUAAACGUUUUACUGUAUGUACUGGGUCAAAUAGAAGAUCUCAACAGCACGAUGAAUCUACCGGGUCUACCGCGAGUACUGAUAACUAGCAACGAAGCGCCUACUCCCGGCAUCGAUCUGCUUCGAACCAGAUGCGACGUUACCAUUAUACCAACCGCUGUAAGCACUCGAGAAGAAGUACUGCAAGCUCUUCCAGGACAUGAUGCUGUAUUUCUCGCGAACCAUCAGAAUGUGAACAGCGAAUUUCUCGACAUCGCCGGCCCAAGUUUGAAAGUUGUAUCGACAAUGUCGGCUGGAUACGAUCACUUGGAUGUUGCAGAAAUUAAGAGGAGAGGAAUCAAAGUGGGGCACACGCCCAAAGUAUUAUCUGCCGCAGUUGCGGAAAUUGCUAUACUUUUAAUGUUAUCUGCAGCGAGACGCGCUCACGAAGGUCGCGUAAAACUGGAACAAGGUCAGGUGGAAUCCAGACCACAAUGGUUACUGGGACAAGAUCUACAAGGGUCUACAGUUGGUAUCUUUGGCCUAGGAAACAUCGGUCAAGCAAUCGUUAAACGAUUGAUAGGGUUCGAAGUGGGGCGUUUUAUCUAUACUGGACAUUCACGUAAGGAAGCAGGUGAUAAACUUGGAGCAAUAUUCGUAACUCUGGACGAACUUCUGGAGCAAAGUGAUUUCCUCAUAGUCGCGGCUCCGUUAAACAAUGAAACCAGAGGGCUCUUCAAUGACAAUGCUUUCAAUAAGAUGAGAGAUACGGCAGUUUUCGUGAACAUAGCCCGCGGUCAGAUCGUAAAUACCGAAUCACUCGUAAAAGCUCUUCGUAAUAAGAAAAUAUUCGCUGCUGGACUGGACGUUACCGAUCCAGAGCCAUUACCACCGGAUCAUGAACUUCUAAAAUUGCCUAAUAUCGAAAUCUUGCCACAUUUGGGCAGUUCGACGCUCAAGACUCGCAAUAAUAUGUCAAUAAUUGCAGCACAGAACAUUCUAAAUGGUCUCGAUGGUAAACCCUUGCUUUAUCCCUUAUAGCUUUCUCCUACAUUCAGCCUUAUAUGACUUAUGUAUUACUUUUAUAUUACCUAGAUGUGUAAUAAGUACCAUUAGAAAAACGACUGUUUGUCGAUAUGUGAUUUAACAUAGAAAUUCGUCUAUCUCCUCUUAUACUUAUCGUUUAUAAACAUAGUUUGUUUCUUUAUCAAAUUAUAAUCUUAAUUUGAUCAUUCACAAUUGUUCAAAUUUCUAUAUCACUAAAAGCAAUAAAGCAAUAAUAUUGUGUUACUGUAAAGUAGAUUAUCAAGAUAUUGUUAGGGAUUUCCUACUAGCCAAAUUUAAUUAUUUAGCUCGGCAUUUUGUUGGAAUGAUAUACAUUUUGUGUGUAUGUAGAGUAUACUCAACAAUUAUAAACUAUCAGUAUUACGUUAUUCUA